GAGCGCACGGCGGGGCGCGGCCAACGCUGGGACGCAGCGCACGGAGGGACGCGGCCCGGCGCCCAUGGCGUUCGCGCUGCUGCGCCCCGUCGGCGCGCACGUGCUGUACCCGGACGUGCGGCUGCUGAGCGAGGACGAAGAGAACCGCAGCGAGAGCGACGCCUCUGACCAGUCGUUCGGCUGCUGCGAGGGCCUGGAGGCGGCGCGGCGCGGUCCCGGCCCCGGGGGCGGGCGACGGGCGAGCGGCAGUGCGGGCCCGGUGGUGGUGGUGCGACAACGACAGGCGGCCAACGCGCGGGAGCGGGACCGCACACAGAGCGUGAACACGGCCUUCACGGCGCUGCGCACGCUCAUCCCCACCGAGCCGGUGGACCGCAAGCUGUCCAAGAUCGAGACGCUGCGCCUGGCGUCCAGCUACAUCGCGCACCUGGCCAACGUGCUACUUCUGGGCGACGCGGCCGACGACGGGCAGCCGUGCUUCCGUGCAGCUGGCAGUGCCAAGAGCGCGGUCCCCGCCACCCCCGACGGCGGUCGUCAGCCGCGCUCCAUCUGCACCUUCUGCCUCAGCAAUCAGCGCAAGGGGGGUAGCCGUCGUGACCUAGGGGGCAGCUGCUUGAAGGUGAGGGGGGUGGCCCCACUUCGAGUGCCACGGAGAUGAGCCUGGAACCCUGUGUCAUUUGCUCCAAGCAGGACCCUGAGAAGGAGGCCAGAGGCCAGCCACUGGGUGAACAGGCGAGAAGACCCCAGGAGCCGAACCCAGGUCCCUUCUUUGUGCAGGGAUCAGAGGACAAUGGCCUGGGCCCAUGACCCUCUGAGCAGGCCCCCUGGGACAUCUCCACCCCACCCUGGAGAGCUGUGAGGACACGUCCAGCCAGCCCCAGCCCUGGCUGGUCAGAGACAAGGCAGAACUUUUGGAAAAACAAAGACAGUUGAUGACAGAGGAUGUGUGCUUGUCUGUGCAUGAGUGUUGGGGUGUGUGUGUGAGAGAGAAUUGAUGGGUUUAAAAUAAAAGGUAUUUUUAAGUAAAA